AUGUGGAUUAUCGGGGGGCAAGAUGCCAAAGACAAAAACUUCAAGUGCUCGCACGGCUUCAUCUUCUGCCGAACUCAAAACGCUGGAGUCUCGCCAGAAAAGAUCACCGGAGUCUGGGAAAGGCUGAGUGGCGAGUAUUUCGUCGAGGAUCGCAACAUUGUCGUCACGAAUGUUCUACACAAACCUUCGCCCCUUCGGGUUGCCAGCCCGAAUGGACAGCAAAGAUGCGCUGGCGAGUACGCACUAAUGCCAGAUUGCACUGCAAAUGGGCUACCGGUUUGGGAGCACAAGGCUGGAAGGUGCUACUUGUACUGUGGGACGAACG